GAGGGCGGAGAGCCGCCGCCCACGCACAUGAGGUGACCAGGCAUUGAUGCUCCUUCAGGAAGUCUGCGUGCUCAAGGAGGCCACCCACGCUGGUUGCUGCUCACAUGGUUUCUGGGCCCCUGGCACUCCGGUGGUGCCCGUGGGCAGGGCGCAGGGACAUGGGGCCUGACAUGGAGCUUCCCAGCCACUCAAAACAGCUCCUGCUGCAGCUGAAUCAGCAGAGGACCAAGGGCUUCCUGUGUGAUGUCAUCAUCAUGGUGGAGAACUCCAUCUUUCGGGCCCACAAGAAUGUCUUGGCUGCCAGCAGCAUCUACUUCAAGUCCCUGGUCCUGCAUGAUAACCUCAUCAACCUAGACACAGACAUGGUCAGCUCCGCCGUCUUCCAGCAGAUCCUGGACUUCAUCUACACGGGCAAGCUGCUGCCCAGUGACCAGCCCACUGAGCCUAAUUUCAGCACUCUCCUCACUGCCGCCAGCUACCUCCAACUGCCUGAGUUGGCAGCCCUCUGCCGCCGCAAACUCAAGCGAGCUGGCAAGCCCUUUGGCCCUGGACGGGCCAGUGCUGCUGGCAUGGGGCGACCGCCCCGCAGUCAGCGGCUGUCCACAGCCUCUGUCAUCCAGGCUCGGUAUCCAGGGCUUGUAGAUGGGCGCAAGGGGCAUCAUGUCCCCCAGGAGCUCCCUCAAGCUAAAGGCUCAGAUGAUGAGCUUUUUCUGGGCAGCUCUACCCAGGAGAGUACACAUGGCCUGGGCCUGGGAGUCUGCCCAACUGGUGGGGAGGUGGGCUUGGGGGGCUGCAGUAGCAGCACCAAUGGGAGCGGUGGGGGCUGUGAGCAGGAGUUGGGCCUGGAUCUGUCUAAGAAAAGCCCACCACUGCCCCCCACAACCCCUGGCCCCCACCUCACUCCUGAGGACCCGGCCCAGCUGAGUGACAGCCAGCAUGACUCACCUGCACCUGCUACAGCCUCUGCCCCGCCUGUUGCCAACAGUGCCUCUUACGUUGAGCUGGCAGUGGGCACUCCUGAUGAGCCCAUGGAUCUGGAGGGGGCUGAGGAAAACCACCUGAGUCUGCUGGAGGGGCAGGGUGGGCAACCUCGUAAGAGCCUCCGACAUUCAGCCCGAAAGAAGGAAUGGAACAAAAAGGAGCCUGCUGCUGGGUCUCCCUUUGAUCGGAGAGAAACCGGGCCCAAGGGCCCCGGGGAAGAAAGUGAGGGGAUUGGGGACAGGGUUCCCAAUGGCAUCCUGGCUAGCACUGUUAGUGGAGGUGGCCCCAGUGGGGCCUAUGGAGAGCCCCCAUAUCCCUGCAAGGAGGAGGAGGAGAAUGGCAAAGAUGGGAGUGAGGACAGUGGGCAGAGUGGGAGUGAGGGGGGCAGUGGCCACACUGGUACCCAUUAUUUGUACCGACAGGAAGGAUAUGAGACAGUAUCAUAUGGGGACAACUUGUAUGUGUGUAUCCCUUGUGCCAAGGGCUUCCCCAGCUCGGAGCAGCUCAACGCUCACGUGGAGACACACACAGAAGAGGAGCUAUUCAUCAAGGAAGAAGGGGCUUAUGAGACAGGCAGUGGGGGUGCAGAGGAGGAAGCUGAGGACCUGUCAACACCCAGUGCUUCCUAUGCAGCUGAGUCCCGUCCUUUCAAGUGCUCAGUCUGUGACAAGACCUACAAGGACCCAGCCACCCUGCGGCAACAUGAGAAGACACACUGGUUGACGCGACCCUUUCCCUGCAACAUCUGUGGCAAAAUGUUCACACAGCGUGGUACUAUGACACGCCACAUGAGGAGCCACCUGGGCCUGAAGCCCUUUGCCUGUGAUGAGUGUGGCAUGCGCUUCACCCGCCAGUACCGCCUCACAGAGCACAUGCGUGUGCACUCAGGUGAGAAGCCCUAUGAGUGCCAACUCUGUGGAGGCAAGUUCACCCAGCAGCGCAACCUCAUCAGCCACCUGCGCAUGCACACCUCCCCCUCCUAGAAGCCAAAGACCCGCAGGAGCACUCUGCAGACUUGCCACUUGGGAGCCUAUGGAAGGAGGAGGCAUGGUGGGAGGGGUCAAGUCCCAAAGUCUAGCACGAGGCUCCUGGCAGCCCCUCCGGUCCAGCCUCCCCACACCCAGAGCUUUAAUGGACAGUCUGUACCAAGGGAAGCCAAGAGGAGCAGAAGUUGACGGUCCAGCCCUAUGCAUGUGGUGCUGGUGACCAUUCUACCUCCCCGUCCCCCCCAGCCCCCCAGCCCUUCAGCUCCUUGCAGGGGCUGGUUGCAGAACCGGUGGGAGUCCAUCAUGUGGGUUCCACUGGGACUAGGUCCCUUUCCUGCAGGCUGGGCUAGGGGAGGGCCUGGGCUGCCUGUGGCCAAGGGUAGUGUCUAAAGCAGGCCCUCACCCGGCAGGGACCGCGUCUGUGUGUGUGCACGUGUGCUUGUGUCUUUGCAGUGCAGUGUAACCCUGGCUCUGGGGAGCUGGUGCUGGGUGACAGUUCCUUCCUCUUUGAGCUGAGGUAGCAACUGCUCACUGGUGCUGGGACAGUCAGGGUGACCCACUGCCUACCUCUCUACAACUAAAGAGCCCUCUGGGCCUGUAUUGCUGUUAUUCCUACUGAGCUGUUCCUUUUUCUUUAAAAAACAUUUUUUAAAAUUCUUUUUUAAACCAAAACAAACAAUAUUUUCCUCCUGCCCCUUUGGGGGCUGAGCCUGGGUCUGCAGACUGAAUGUAACUGUGGCAGCUGCCCCUCCCUGUCGUUCCUCAGCCCUGGUGCUGUGGACACGGCUGUUGGUGAGCCGCCUCUCCAGGUCCCAGAAGCCCUUCUUGCCCAAAGGCUUCCCUGAUCUUGAGCCCUGCCUGGGCUUCCUCAGGAGAACAUGCUUUUCCUAUAAUUUCCAAGGAAUAUUCUUUGUUAGAGGUACUUAUUUUUAUUGGAAACCCUCUCCCCACAGUAUUUUUGGGAUGUUGGAACUGGAAGGUCUGGGGUUUUGGAGGGUGGGGGGAGGCUAGACUUGCUGCCAGGGCCGUCGGUACUGUUCGUUUCUGUGUGUGAGUGUGUGUGUGUGUGUGUGUGUGUGUGUGUGUGCGUGUGUGUGCGCUGCUUAUGCACAGAUGCUUCACUUUCCUUCCUCACUGAAUAAGGUGGAGAGACUUCCGACCUUUUGCUACCUCUUGAAUUCAAGACCACAGUACAGUUGAGGCUGAACCACUUGCUUUUGUUUUCCUGUAGUGGGAGUAUGCUGGGCUUGGGCUGGCCCCGGUUCCUUGUGGAUCCCAGCACUCUGAGGGGAUCUCUGCUGCUCAGGGCAUGCUGAGUGUGGGGCAGGUGCUGGGCACCUGAGUAAUAGAAGCCAUGAGGAGGGAGCAGUUUCCUGCCAGGGCCAGGGUGAGGUGGAAGUGAGCCCCCCCCAUCCUGUCCUCUUCUAAGCUCUGAGGUAUGCCGAGGAACCUACUGCAGUGCCAGGGGUGAAGGCUGGCCUCUACUUAGACAGUAUGGGGUCCAGCACCCCUUUACCAUGGCAUGUUAGCCAGUCUCAAAUGCUUACAGGGGUCCCAACCAAGUGCAAGAGCAGACCAGGAUUGUCCGUGCUGGCCCUGAGCCACAGAUGUGGGCUGGUAGGCCUUACCAUCUCUGUGUUGUUUCAUGCCCUUUGCUUUCCUUUCCUUUUCACUUCAGACCAAAAAAUUCCAGAGUCAUCCCCUGCCCCCACCCUUCCAGAGACCUUCCAGCUGGAAACAGCCUGAGUUCAGGGAUCUUAAUGAUGAGCAUUGGGUCUGGGAGUGAGGGCACCUGGCUGGGCCUGCACAUGGUUCUCCAGCACUGAGCUGGCUCUUCCUCCCCUCUUCCCAGUGGUCUCAGUUCUCUCUUAUAGCAAGCCAGGCUGAGCACCUGAAUGAAGACUUCUGGCCCCCAUUCCACGAAAGGGAGGUUAUGCUAGCCCUUGUUCUACCCCACCCUACCCCACCCUGCCAGCAUUUAAACCACUGACACAAAGUCUGUACAACUCGGGGAAAUGUGCACACCCUGAGGGUGUGCAUGGCCACCCAAGCUGUGGGUAGCCUCUUUGGUGAGGUUACUCAAAAGUAGGUGAUUCUUCUACAGAACUUCAGGGACUGGGAGCAAAGCCCCCUCACUCAGCUACGUCUGUGUGGCAUAGUAUUAUACCCACCUUAGUACUGCAUCAAGCCUUUUCUGUAUUUUAAUGAGAAAGCAAAACACUAGUUUCCUAUUUAAGAUUUUAAGGGUUGUUGGGCGGGGUGGGGUUGACGCUUGGUUUUGUUUUCUUUUUCCU